AUGCGCUUUCACAUUGCCGUCCUUCUGGGCGUGGUCUACUUGGCUUUUGCCGCUCCGUUUCCGAAUGUGUCGACUCACCCUCUUCCGGAUGGAAUGCCUAAUCCAAGCCCCAGUGAACUGGAAACGAUUGAGUUGAAUGCCCACGGAACUUUACCAAAUGGACCUCCUCCUGUUGGUAUCAGCGAAGGAGGGAUCAUCAACCUCAAGCUUGUCGCAUUCAACGAACUCUUUGAAGUUGCCUUUUUCCACCAACUGAUCACAAACAUCACCGACAAGGUCUUGGGCUAUCGCUUCACUGAUGAAGAGGAUUACGACUUUGUUUUGAAAGGCUUGAAGGUGAUCCUGGCUCAAGAGGAGCUCCAUGCCCUGGACGCCAACAACGCGUUGGCUUAUGUUGGCGUUGACCCCAUCGAGCCUUGCCAGUAUACCUUCCCCGUCGAUGACUUCGACUCGGCCCUUGUCCUCGCCACCACCUUCACUGACGUGGUUUUGGGUACUCUGCAGGACGUUGCGGAGAGAUUUGCGCUCGGCGGUGACUUCGCUCUGACACGUGAGGUUUCCUCCAUUAUCGGCCAGGAGGGAGAACAGCAGGGAUGGUUCCGCGUCAUGCAGGGCAAGGUCCCUAGCGAACUGCCUUUCUUGACGACCAGUGAUCUCAACUUUGCUUUCACUGCCAUUCAGAGCUUCGUUGUGCCUGGCACUUGCCCCAAUAUUGACUCCAUUCCGCUUAAAACUUUUGCAACUCUCAACGUCAUCACAGCCCCGACUGCGAAGACCAAAAACAUCAAGGUUUCCUUCGAAGUUCGCGACAAGGUUGAUCGAGACGCGCUGUGGCUCACCUAUAUCAAUCAGCAAAAUCUGCCGAUUGUGGAACCUCUCCGAGUUGUCUCGAAGGAUAACAAAACGAUUACUGCAGAGGCUUUGUUCCCCUAUGAGGCGCAUCAAAUGAACGGGUUGACCAUCGCUGCGGUGACCACAACCGAGGGGCCAUUCCCAAAUGCAUACAGUGUGGCGAAUGCAACUCUCGCUGGACCUGGCCUCUUUAUCUUCAACUGA